GUUGAGUGAACAUCUCCUUCUUUGCUCUGUGCUGCGCUUCUCCCGUGGACAAUCCGAAUCCGAACUAUAUUCGACGCUUCUCCUCAGUGUUUUGGUUUGGAUCCUCUCGUGUUCUGUUGUUUUUUCUCUCCUCCAUCUUCGUCGGCGGAUUCUCCCGCCUUGCCAUUUCUGGCAUCGGUAGCCUUCUCCUUCUUUUAUUUUAACGGACGAAGAAUUCGGUUGCCGGAGAUGAUGAAGUACGUUCUGGUGUCCGGCGGAGUCGUCAGCGGGCUCGGUAAAGGAGUCCUGGCAAGCAGUAUAGGCGUGGUUCUGAAGUCGUGCGGCUUGCGUGUGACGGCCAUCAAGAUAGAUCCAUACUUGAAUACUGAUGCUGGAACUAUGUCCCCUUUUGAGCAUGGAGAGGUGUUUGUUCUUGAUGAUGGUGGUGAGGUUGACCUUGAUCUAGGAAACUAUGAAAGGUUUCUAGAUGUCAAAUUGACUCGUGACAAUAAUAUAACAACUGGAAAGAUUUACCAGUCUGUCAUUGACAAGGAGAGAAGGGGCGAUUAUCUUGGAAAAACUGUUCAGGUUGUUCCUCACAUUACAGAUGCAAUUCAGGAGUGGAUAGAACGUGUUGCCAUGAUUCCCGUGGAUGGGGAGAAAGGACCUGCUGAUGUAUGUGUCAUAGAACUGGGUGGCACCAUUGGGGACAUUGAAUCGAUGCCUUUUGUGGAAGCUCUGCGUCAGUUAUCAAAUCGAGUCGGUUCUGGUAAUUUCUGUCUGGUCCAUGUCAGCCUUGUACCUGUUGUUAGUGCUGUUGGUGAACAGAAAACGAAGCCAACUCAGCAUAGUGUUCAAGAAUUAAGAGGAUUUGGAUUGGUUCCAAACAUUCUUGCUUGCCGCAGUUUUAAGCCAUUGGAAGGAAAUGUGAAGGAAAAACUCUCUCAGUUCUGCCAUAUUCCAGCUAAUAACAUCCUGACUAUUUAUGAUGUUUCCAACAUCUGGCACAUACCUUUACUACUAAGAGAUCAAAAGGCUCAUGAAGCAAUUCUGAAAGGGUUGAACCUUAUUGGUGAUGCUAAGAAGCCUGCUCUGGAGCAGUGGGCUGCAAGAGCUGAGAGAUGUGACGAGUUCUCCAGUCCGGUUAGAAUUGCCAUGGUUGGAAAAUACACGGGCCUUUCAGAUGCUUAUCUAUCUGUUCUGAAGGCGCUUUUACAUGCAUCUGUGGAGUGCUCAAGGAAAUUGGUUGUGGAGUGGAUUGCUGCAACAGAUCUUGAAGAUGCAACUGCCAGAAAGGCUCCUGAUGCUUACGAAGCUGCAUGGAAUGUGCUCAAGAAUGUAGAUGGUAUUCUUGUACCUGGAGGAUUUGGUGAUAGAGGUGUGCAAGGAAAAAUCCUUGCUGCCAAGUAUGCCCGUGAAAACCAAGUACCGUAUUUAGGUAUUUGCUUGGGAAUGCAGAUUGCAGUUGUUGAGUUUGCACGCUCGAUUCUUGGCUUGCAAGAUGCAAACAGCACGGAAUUUGAUCCAGACACAAAAUGUCCUUGUGUUAUCUUCAUGCCAGAGGGUUCAAAGACUCACUUGGGAGGCACCAUGCGUCUAGGUUCAAGGAGAACAUAUUUCCAGGUCGCUGACUGCAUUACUGCAAAAUUAUAUAAAAAUGCCAGAUAUGUUGAUGAAAGACAUCGACAUAGAUAUGAGGUCAAUCCUGACAUGAUCGACAAACUGGAAUGUGCGGGUCUUUCUUUUGUUGGCAAAGAUGAGAGUGGCAAACGCAUGGAAAUCAUUGAACUCCCAAGUCAUCCUUUCUUUGUUGGUGUACAAUUUCACCCUGAAUUUAAGUCAAGACCUGGGAAACCUUCUGCUGUUUUCUUAGGACUUAUACGAGCUGCCACUGGAGAGCUGUUUACGCAUGCACAACUACCAACUCAAAUCAACAACAUGGCCGCUAAAAGCAGCUUAAGCAACGGAAUGCAGGCAAAAAUCAAGGCAUUCAUGAAUGGCAGUGCAAAGAGUUCAUUAAAGACCAGCCUGUUCUCAAAUGCCAAUGGCAUUCGCACCUGAAAGGAAACUUCUGGAGGCUUGGCAGUAGCCUGCUUCUGUUCUUUUCAGAUGUUCUGUGAAGGGCUCUCCCCUUUUCCUGUACAGCCAGCGGAUUAAGGUUUUGGGACUUGCUGCCGCCUCCAGGUUUUUUAGACAAGGUUCGGCACUUAGGUAUUCUGGUCCCGGCAUUUGUUUUGAUUUUGUUGGGUGAUAAUUACUAGUGGGGAGCUCGAGCUGACGUGUGCUGCUUUGUGUGUCCCAAAAGAUGGAAGUUGAUAUAUUAGUUUGUGAACUGAAGACUUGGCCUGAUGAUCAACAUUGCUCAAGUUUUGCAUGGGGAAAUGCCCGCAAGCUGGCCUCGACCGUCCCAUCCAACUCUCAGCAUGGAUCAUGUGAACUGCAUCUGCGUUCUGACUGUCCGAGUAGAUCCAAGGCUGGAUGCUAGGAGCACUGAAAUUAUGUGCUGUUUUAUGAGCACAGCAGUGGCUCCAAAUUUUGGCCUAUUAAUUAGCCUAUUAGAUAAAUUUUGGCAUGUAAUUUUGGAUGCUUUCGUGUAUUAUUUAAACGUCAAUGUACUGGGACUGGAGCCUUACUUAAGAAGCUCCAUCUCCAACUACCUUUUUGCUAGUUUCUUUUUUAACUCA